AUGGGGAGCCCGUUACUGGAUAGAAAUGAGUGUGAAGAAAAUGCAUUUCUUGAACAGUCAACAGACGUGGUCAGUGUUUGGGAAGGAGACUCCGUCAGCAUAACUUGCUCAAUGUACAAUUCAGAAAAUGAACUGGGGAUGUACUUGAGAACUAGAGUAUCACCAGAAAAUGUUUUAUAUGUUCCCAAGGAUAAUAAGCCAACUGUCCCUUCAGCUUUUGCGAAUCGCAUCAAGUAUGCAAAGGAAGGAGCAAAACUCACAGUAACUCUGCUCAAUGCACGGGAAUCUGAUUCAAAUUUCUACCUAUGCUUCAGGUUUAUUAAAAGAAAUGGCCAUCACGUCAGGCUGGAUGGGAAGACAACCAUUGUAGUGGUGAAAGCUGCUGUGGUUCCACCUGUUAAGUUAGGAAUUAAUAAACAUGGAGCUGGAAUUGUUGAACAGUUGCCACUCAUUGUCGAUAUUCAACAAGGCCAGUCUAUCAACAUUACCUGUGCAUUGAAUAGUUCAUAUGAAGAUGAAGAGAUUUGCUUGCUCAAGAUUCACAUGCAACCUGAAGUAGUGCUACGUGUUUCAAGUCAGAAAGCUCUAGAAAUCUUUCCUGCUUUUGCUAAUCGCUUGGAGUAUUCAAAGCAAGAGAAGAAACUAGUGAUAACUCUACACAACCUACAGCAAAGAGACAGUGACGUGUAUGUAUGUGCUACGGUGCUGAAAAAUUCCUCUCUCUUCUCAGUGAGUCAAAGAGGCACCAUGGUGCUGGUUAAAGUUCCACACGCAGGAGGGGAGGAGACAGCAUUCCAUAAUAGUUCCUGGGCCUACUAUGGUCUUAUCAUCAUGGCAGUGCUGCUGUUUUCUGUGCUGAUGUGCUACGCCCUGUACUGUGUCCAUAUGAAGAAAUAUUUCCAGAAAAGAAAAACAAAUACAGUGUAUGAAGAUAUGUCUUACGGUUCUAGACGCAACACCUUCAUCAAACCUAACGUUUACACCAACGACUCUUAGGCUUCUGUUGGCUGGGACCAUGUAUGGAUCAACUGUUCCCUUCCAGA